ACGGAAGAAGAGCGCGCACGGUCACGGCGUCUCAGCUAUACAGUCUACAAGAGUCUGAAAGUUCAGCUCCUGGUUUAACUGGAGAACACGGGCAUGGAAUUUAAAAUAAAAACGCACUCGGGUGGCAUUCAAGUGAUCAUAUACUGUACGUUUUAAGGGGCGUCAACCUGAGCUGUCAAUCAUCCUGAUUAAGAAAAAACUAGCCUACUUUGAGCACCGCAAACAGCAGCUGGAACUGAAAUGGAACCAAUAAUUACAGGAGAUCUGCGGAUUGUCAUGUUGGGAAUGACCGGAGCUGGAAAGAGUGCAACCGGAAACACCAUCCUGGGCAGAAAUGCGUUUGAAGUGGACUUUAAUCCAUCUUCAGUCACUCAAACAUCUGAGCUACAAACAACAAGAAAAGGCAGAAGAACGAUAUCGAUAAUCGACACUCCAGGCCUCGAGGAUUCAGGAGGAAAAGAAAGAGAAGUAAAGGAGGAAAUAAAUAGAUGUAUGGAAAUGUCUGCUCCUGGUCCUCACGCCUUUCUGCUGGUCAUCAGACUGGAUGAAAAGUACACAGAGGAAAAUACCAACACACUGAAAUGGAUUCAGAAGAACUUCGGAGAAGAUGCUGCUCGAUACACCAUCGUUCUGUUCACUCACGCUGAUUCGCUGAAGAAUAAAACUCUGAAAGAUCACAUUGAAGACAGUCCAGAACUACGAAAUCUAAUCAUCAGCUUCAGUGGCAGAUAUCAUGCACUUAACAAUGAAGAACAAGCAAAUCAGGCACAAGUCAAUGGGCUGCUGAGGAAGAUUGACACCAUGGUGCUUAAAAAUGAAGGCAAGUGCUACACAAAUGCAAUGAACCAACAAGCCCAAGCAUGGAACUACUGGACUGUAGCAGUAGCAAUAAUGGUAGCAGCAUUUCUAGGUCAAGAAAAAAGUGAAAAAAUGUUAAUCGCAGUAGUUGUUGUGAUUGCACAAAUAGUUUACAAUAUGAUACAAACAGCACCACCAGUAGCUGAAGCAAUCAAAAAGAUGUGGUAAAAUAUGUUUGAUUACUGUCAAAAGACUAAAAUCUCACACAGCAGUAACAGUACGAUGUGCUGUGAAGCCAUUAUAUUACAGCUACAAUACACACUUCAUCUCGUUUGUUCAUUGGUUAACGGUUUAUGAGUUUGUUAAAUCGUUUUGAUCACACGUGUUCGCUGUUUUGACAUCUAAAUGGAAUGAAACCUGUUUAAAAUGUAUUUUUUAUUUUAUUAAUAAAAUACAU